CUGCUGGAUAAGACAGAUUUUGGGCCCAUUUAUCCGUCUCGUUUCGUCUCAACCUCUGAUUAUCAUCCUCCUCCUCCCAGGGCAGCUGUGCUGUUUUUGCCAAAUGCUGUUUUAGCUUCUCACAGUUUAUGCGACAAAAACAGAGGCAACCGAAGUUUUGGUUUCCAGAGCCCUUAUUUUUCUGGCUUGGUAAUGGAAAUGGACCGUGUUAAACAGUUCUACCAUUGGCUAGUUGGAGCUAGCUAGUGAGCUAACUGGACGGAUUUUAUUACUGCCAGAAAGCGAAAUAUGACGUUUCCCCCACCUUGAUAUUUGAUACUUUUUUUUCGACCAGUAAAGUCUAGAUAAUCGUGGCUUUGGAACGGACAGAAUGUAUUAUUAUGGCUGAGACCAGAGCAUGACAGACAUUAUAUCCAUCAUUCAUCUACCCUGGUGCUCCUUCCUGUCCAGUACGCCGCGGGGUGAGUAGUCCGUCCGGGGGAAGCGCAGAAUACCAUCAUCUUAUGCGCCUCUUGGGUGUCGGGGCGAGAGGUGCUCAGUAUUCCCAGAGCAAUUACGUCGAAGGGAGAGGACGACGUUGCCUUGCCAUCUCAGGAUUAAACCAUGGCUAAUGAACCUGUCAUCCUUAAUGUGUAUGAUAUGUACUGGAUCAACGAGUACACUUCCACUCUGGGUGUUGGAGUCUACCACUCAGGCAUUGAGAUCUAUGGCCGAGAGUUUGCGUAUGGAGGUCAUCCGUACCCAUUUAGUGGUAUAUUUGAAAUAAACCCUGGAAACACCACUGAAUUAGGAGAGACCUUCAAAUUCAAGGAGGCUAUUGCUUUGGGCACAACAGACUUUGCAGAGGAAGAUAUGGAUAAAAUAAUGGAGGACCUGGGGACAGAUUUUAAGGGCAACUCCUACCAUCUAAUGCACAAGAACUGCAACCACUUCUCAUCCUCGCUGUCUGAGCUGUUGUGUGGGCGUGAGAUCCCGCGCUGGGUGAACCGUCUGGCCUACUUCAGCUCCUGCGUGCCCUUUCUCCAGACCUGCCUCCCUAAGGAGUGGUUGACCCCAGCAGCCCUCCAGAGCCACAUCAGUAUGGGCCUCCACAAGGAGGAGCGGGAGGCCGGGGAGUCCAGCGACGAGGACCCCAACUCAGCCUCCGGGACCGCCGGGGCGGCCACUGGAUCCUCACACAGCUGUCGCCAUACACGAGUCUGAACCAAUAACUGUAGGUCUGAAGAGAACAGCCAAUAAGGACUCUCUUUCAAUGACCUUUGACCUCUGAACUCUGGACCAGAAAGUCACCAGCUCACCCCUGCAGGGGAUGUAGUGAUGUAAUAUCUGUGGGCCUGACGGAAUAACCACCUGACCUCGUAGUACCACCCCUGAGAACAGAGACGGGAGGGACGGAUGAUUAGUUAGCCUGCUAGUACUAACUCAUGAAGUCGCCGGGGCCAGGGGACCUGCAAAAUCCACUUGGAUCCUUUCCCUGGUUUUCUCCUUUUUUUUUUUUAAACCUACGGUAGAUAUAUUCUGAAGGAUUUGUUAUAGGUGUUGACAAACUAACUCGGAGCAUGGCAUGGUUCUCUCAGAUUGACCACAGCUACAUUAUGUACUGUAGGGCAAGGGGUACUUUCUUAGUAUUUGUCUUUUUCCAAGGAAUUUUUAAAACCUUUGUCAGCCUUGAUCCCUGAUGCCCUCUUUCCAGAGCAGCUUCUUCUUUAGACUAGAUGUAUAUCUGACACCACAGAGAUGCUAAUCUAUGCCAAUUUGGGAUGCAGUCUUAAGUAUCUCUCAGUCUGAGACUACUGGUAUUGUGGCAUUAGCAGGAUGCUAGUUUCCAGAGGUUCAAUAACUCCCUUACUUGGCCUUCAGUUGUAAUCACCAGUGAUGUUUGUUUUGUUGAUGUGUUGGGGGUAAGUUAAUAUGCUGGCCAUUUUAGAAGUUGAAGGAGCAGAACCAUAUAUAGUGAUAUAUUCUCUGUUUAGGAGUAACUACCCGUGGGUUGUUUUGAACUAGCACGUUUCUGUUAAACGUCGUUCUUAACUGAAAACAAUGUGUCAAGAACAAAGGAUUCGACAAGAAGUGAAGACAUCUAAAAAAUAAUCUCUGAUCAUAUUCAUUUUAUCAUAUGAAUAUUUAUAUUAGGGUUUUAUUUGUCCAUAGCAUGGUCUCGUGCAUUGUUUAAUAAGAUGGUGUCUGCACCCCAUGUAAUUUGCCAAUUUACCACUAUCAUGAAUAACACUGUCAGAUGACUCUGAAAGUUGCAUUUACACUCUUCUUCCAUUGAAAUCUUUCAUGAUGAAACUCAUAGUAACUGUUGAAUCACAGGCCUUGGUUGAAACUCCCAGCUGCCUCCCCUACUGCCUUCCCAGCUGAUUCCACAGAGUGAUUGAGUUGGUGUGUAGGGGCUGGGUUACAGUGGGAGCAUUGUGUGAAGGAUAAGGUUUUUUGUUUUCUUAAUGUCUUUUGAAUUGAUGUGGAAAUGUCUCUGAAUGAGUCGGAUUUACACACGUGCUCCCUGAAACAAGGGGGAAGUGGUCCUACCAGUCAAGUCCUGGACUAGUGUACUACACUGACUACUAUUCCAUUAAAGAAAACAUAAAUAAUGCUGUUUCCAGACGAGACAGACAUGUGGAUACAUGUUAUUCGCCCUUUUCUGUUCAUGCGUUUUAUAAUGCUGCUCUUGUAGAUUCAAUAGUAUGCCUUGUGAAGCCCACUCCAUUGUAUUCCAUACAUAUUUCUGGAGAAUAAUAUCGUCCUUUCUUUCUCUUCUCCUUGGUUUACUGUCUGUCUGUCUGUCUGUCUGCCUCCACCCCUCUGUAUCCCAUCCCCCUCUCAGGAAGGAAAUCACAUGACCUGUGGUUGUUACACAGGUGUCUCAUUACCACACACCAUCUCCAUGACAACUGGGUGGGGGGAAAACUAUUUAUUUGUUUAUAUACUUUAUAUACUAUAUACUUUUUAAAUAAUCUAUAUUUGUAUUUAUUUUUUAAUGCGUAACUCCUUUUUUUUCAUUUUUUUUUGCAUUAUCAGGAAGAUUUUUUUUCUUGUUGUUGAAAUGGGUUCUAUAGAGGUCAGUGAAUUGAACCCAUGGAUUUGAAAAUGUGUUCUGUAAAGGUCAGUAUUCCAUGCUUUACCAUUGAAAUAAUUUUUUUGACACUUUCUACAGAGAAGAAGAGUCGGAUAACUUUUUCUAUUGUAUUGUGUCCAUUUUAACCUCAAUUGGUAAUGUGCUUUUCCCUGAAUUGAAAGACGAUGCCACAAUUUUAAGAAUGGUAAAAGAAUAAAGAUACAAGAAUAACACCAA